AUGAUCCAGGCACGGCAUCAAACAAUACAGGAAAUGUUCCCAGGGAUAAUGGUUAUAGGAUUCAUUUUCGAUGUUGGCGUAAUGGGUACGCAACUAGCACUUUCCUCCCGCUAUCGCCACAUUUGGGAUACACCAGUGUGCGACCUUAUGGGGGAUUAUAUGAAGAUAUUCUCUAGUGUCAAAGCCAUGAAGACUGGAUCUAUUUUUGGCAUAAUCAUGGCCUUCUUUGCUUACGUUCCUGCAUCCUUGGUCCUAUCCUACUAUAAUGCUCCACACGUAGGCCAAUCGUGGGAUGAGCUGGUAGUCAAUGGAAUGACACACAAAGGAAUUCCAGGCGGCAUUACGAUUGGGGCUGCGUCAGUUUUAGUUGAUAUAUACAUAUUUAUCCUGCCGCUACCUACACUGGCACGACUCCAUUUGCCACUAGCCAAGCGCGUCCAGGUCAUAUCGCUCUUUGCCACAGCAUUCAUAGGUGUGGCUGCAAGCGUUGUUUGUCUAGUAUAUAGAAUUAAGCUUCUCUGGCUCAGCGACGCUACCUGGCAAGCAGGCGUUGUAGCAAUUCCGAUAAUCAUCGAGAAUAAUGUUGCAAUUAUAGUAGGAUCAUUGCCUGCCUUUGCAAGUUUUCUACGGAAAUAUGUUGCCGGGUCAUCCGUCUACCACUCAAUUCGUGCAGUGAUGGUCUCUUCCAACCUGUACUCUCCAAAAGUCUGGCAACAGAAAAAGACUCAAGACACUUUUGGAAGCCCAAAAAGGGCAAGGAAAACAUCGUCUUAUUACGAAUUGUCAGAAUUCACUGUUAGGCCAGGCGCUGGAGUGUCACUUGCAUCAAACAUGGAGCCGGAUAUUGCGCAUCAUGAUGGAAUCGGGAUCAAGGCUACGUCUGUAAAUAAGCAAAGUGAAAUAGUGUAA